GCAUUCGAAAAAACUUUAUUUACACUCAACCUCAAGAACAAAACAAACGAUAUUAAUAACUCGGAAAAGGCUGUAGUAGCUUCUUUUGGGAUAUCCCAGAUCCUGAGAGGCCAAUGGCAUCAGAGGAGAUGGAGGGUUUGUGCCCAUUACCAGAGGUGACCAGCAUCAAGGUGGAGCCGUCAGUCAGCAUUGGCUCAGCAGAGGAUGUCAACUCGCAGAACGCCAUGGGCAUAAAGUUUAUAUUACCCAACCGCUUUGACAUGAACGUGUGUUCGCGCUUUGUGAAGUCACUGAACGAGGAAGAUAGUAAAAAUAUCCAGGACCAGGUGAACUCUGAUCUGGAGGUGGCCUCUGUGUUAUUUAAAGCGGAGUGUAAUAUUCAAACAUCUCCCUCACCUGGUAUUCAGGUUAGGCAUGUUUACACGCCAUCAACCACCAAACACUUCUCUCCGAUAAAGCAGUCCACCACGCUCACCAACAAACACCGUGGAAAUGAGGUCUCAUCCACACCACUGCUCGUUCACUCACUGUCUAUACAUCAGUUGGCGGCACAAGGAGAGAUGGUGUUCUUAGCCAGUCGAAUAGAACAAGAGUCUGUAAUAAACCUGCAGGAUGAGGAGGGAUUCACCCCACUGAUGUGGGCGGCAGCUCAUGGACAGAUCGCAGUGGUGGAGUUCCUGUUGCAGAGUAGUGCAGAUCCUCAUCUCUUGGCCAAGGGAAGGGAGAGUGCACUGUCACUGGCCUGCAGUAAAGGGUACACCGAUAUUGUCAGAAUGCUUAUCGACUGUGGAGUUGAUGUCAAUGAGUACGAUUGGAAUGGUGGAGCACCGUUACUCUAUGCAGUGCAUGGCAAUUAUGUUCGCUGUGUGGAAAUCCUUUUAGAGAGUGGAGCUGACCCAACCAUGGAGUCUGACUCUGGGUUCAAUGCUAUGGACAUGGCUGUGGCGAUGGGACACCGAAAUGUCCAACAGGUCUUGGAGGGCCAUCUUCUGAAGCUUCUGCAAGGUAUCAAAGAAUAACCAUAGCAACUACAAGAAGAAUUAGAGUGAAUAUUUGAGUGUUGAUUAUGAUGAAGUGGACAAUACCAUUUUGCAUGUUUGCUGAACACUUUAUAUGAAGUUAAUUGUCAUGUUUUAAUCCACCUUUGAAGAAACAAAUGCACAGGUCAACGAACACAUGGCAAUUGAUGAGAUCAGAACUUCGUUUUAAAUCUGAGAUAUGUGGUUUUUAUUCAAUGUGACGUGUGUUUUAGGUCACCAAUUUUUACCUAGUUGCAAUGUGUACUUAUAUAUUUUGCCAUUUAAAGCUAAAAAUAAGCGGUUUCACAUUAAACUUGACUGGUAUUAUAAAUGGUUCAUAAAACUAAGUAAAUCUAAAUCUGGGCACUUUAAAAUCAAUCAAGCAUUUUAAUGUAAGUUUUGUGCUACAACACUGUAAAUAAACCUUAAUUUAUAUUGAAGGAUGUCUGAUUUAUGUCUGAAAAACAACUCAUUUAAAAAGAGCUUUAUAAGUAGAAAUCCACUGCAUUUCUUUAUAUAUAUAUAUAUUAUUUUUUUGUACUAAAUCACAUAAUUAGGGUUGAAAAUGAUUUGUUUCAAGUGAACAGCAUGGAGUGAUCUCAUCCCCAAUUAAAACAAAAACACAAAACAGUAUUUAAUAAGCCUUUUGUCAAUAGCAAAUGUUUAUUUCCAGAUGUAGAUUCAAAUAGGCUCCAAUGAGUGAGCCUCAGUAACAGGGAAGGUGGAGGCAAAGAUGCCUCUUGGACCGCACAAGCAAACACACUCGUAAAACUGUGCAUGAACUUGUGUGAUACAAAUCAAUCUCACACUCUCAGCUUGGACACAUGAGGGUCACGCAGCAGUGCACGGAAAAGAUAUAGGAGAUUCAGGGAUGCAAUAUAUUUAUAAAAGAAAUGGGGGGG